GUUCAAUAAAUUUAACGUUGCUUAUUUGUAAGACAAACAACCGGAAUCAUCAGCGGGCGGGGAUGGUGCGCGUGCUCCGCUGUGUCCCGGGCCGCCUGGCCGAGUACGAGGUGAGCGGCGCACCGUUCAGCGUCUCGCUCUGGCUCAACCUGACGGCGCUGAUCGCCGCCCUGCUCUUCUGGCUCGGCCUGCACACGCUCGACGACCGGCUGCUGGUGGCGCUGCUGGUCGGCCUGACGGCGGCACUGCUGGCCAAGCUCCACCUGAAGGUGAAGCGGGAGACGCUGCUGGUCGAGUCGUCGCUGGGCGUGCAGCUGACCACGACGUUCGCCAGCGGCCGGCGCUCCUCGCUCUUCAUCCGACGCGGUCGGCUCAGCGACGUGGUGAUCGCCGAAGCCUUGACCAUGCACCGCGUGGUGGCGUACCUGGCGAUCGUGCUGCGCCACCCGCCGCGCCUCGUGCCGCUCUUCCGCCACACGUGGCCGCGCGUGGCGCAGCUACGCGACGUAUACCGCGGCAUUCAGCUGAUCCUGCGGCCGGAGGAGGCCGCCAGGCGGUGACGGAGAGGCGAGCAGUUAACCGGACGCGCGCGGGCGCGGCGGCGGCUCGCUGAAGGGCCGUGGUGCGGGCUGACUGUGGUGCUGAGGACCGCGAGCGGAUCGGAGGCGAGAGGUCCGAGACACGAGGUGAUUGAUUGUAGAGAACCGGCGGUUCUGCGGGUGACGAAUGGGCGUGAGGCUGCACGCCGCGACAGUUGAGGCGAGCCCCCGCUUCGACUCGUGAGUCGGGUGAGACUGCUUCAGUACGGGAACAAUAGUGAUAAGUUAUCGCAGAUUUUAGACUCAGGUCGAGUGAAGAGGACUACCUGCACAUCGCUAGCGAUUGCAGGGGCUGAUGGUGGUGGCACUGAGCUGUGAUCCCCGCCUUGGGUCGCCUGCCAUAGAUCAGCGGACGACGCGGUAGAAGCCUCGAAACCCUGUGCUGAUCUGCGCUGUCCUGUGUUCAUCAGCGCGGCGUCGGUAGUCUGGACGCCAGUGAGUUUUGCGUACUCCCGCCGCCGCCCUGGCGGGGAUGCCGCGGGUGCCCAGUCCGGCCGCGGGCCGCCUUUCGCCCGAUAAACGGGGCGCAGCGCGUGCCCCAGCGCACC